UGCAACAGGCGAACUUUUUCUCUACUCAACAUCGCCGGCAGAAUCAACCACGCCACCAUGAAAUCCCCGCUUAUUGAAUCUCUCCCGUCCUGGGUCCCAGACCCCUCAGCCCGCCCCUCCUAUGGCCAUUAGACAACCCGCAAGCACAAACACACCGCCGACGGUCCUUCCUCAUCUUCCUCCGUUUCAACUGUGUCCCGGCGGAAGAGUACUGUCGGCCUGCGGAUUCCUAGCAGGCCGCAUUCUAGCCAUCGCCCCUUUGCUCGACAAGGCCCUCCCCAUCACCUCAACGGCCGACUAUCCCUCCCUCAUUCGCCUCACAAAUGAUGCCGAAUCGAUGUCCCACAAGUCGGGUACCUGGUUGACGAAUAUGUGGGGGCUGGUUAAGAGGCUGGUGCCGGCGGUGUACCCUGCGGCAAAGGUCGAUGCAACCCUUGUCACCCGUACUUCUGAACGUAGGUACAUGGGCAGAUUACACAGCGACGGCAGCAGUAAAUCGCCCGGAGACGUGAACAGUAGCCCCCACGGCAGCACCAACAUGGAGAAGGGCCCGUGUAUUACCGCCACAGUUGCGGACGCUGCGGCCUCGCGCAGCCGGACUGAAGCAUUCUGGCCCACCCUUGUCGGCGACGAAUCCGAGGACGACACGGGAAUCGUAAUUCCCGCUCCGGGGCACGUUGCCCAGGACUUCCAGGCAUACGGAAAUCUUACUCUGGCAGCGCUGGUCAUGUCUUCUCCGUCGUCUGGGGACGACGGCGAGAUGCGAGCGGCUGUAUGGGCUGGGCCUAGAUAAUCGGACGUAUCCCGAUACCAUGGGGCAUUCAAGGUUUUGCGACCUUAUUGGGAAGAAGGCGUGGCCGCGGCGGUUUGCGAUCACGGAUGGUGGUAUAUGGCUUUUGUGCUGGACAAGGUUGAGGUGGGUGAUGAGGUGAUUGUCUUCUAUGGGGCGAGGACGCCGUAUGUGGAGAAGAGGAUUGAGGGAGCGGCGGGAAAUCAGGGCGGGGAAGAAAGGUAAGAAUUGCUUAAGAGGCGGAUCUGCAUGGGUUAUGCAGGAUGAGGGUAUAGAUGGUGGG